GCGCUCCUCUCCAGAUACUCCCGGAGCUCCAGCCGCGCAGAUCGCGCGCCCCCGCCGCUCUGCCCCCAAACUUCAGCUGCAGCUACAUUCCAAGCCAUCUAAUUUAUUCCUCAAAAAAAUCAGAAACGGAGCAGCGACACAGGGAAGGAGUCCGCGGAGGAGUAAAACCACAGCAGAGCAACAAGAGCCUCCGAGAGCCGCCUCCCGCCCCGGAGCCACAAUCCGGCCUCGGGAGUGGAGGAGCCAACAAGUGAGAAGGCGCCGCGGUCCCGGGGCGCAGCCGGAGGAAGCGGGCGCUCCGGAGCCCCGAGCCCCCCGAGCCCCCCCGAGCCCCCCGAACCGCGGUCGCUGCGGCACCUCUGCUCCGGAUCGUUCUGCGCGGGCAGCGCCGGGCGCUGGGCGAGAAGCUUCAUUUUCUCCCUCGUUGCAAGUGGGCGGCUGGGAGCCACCGGUCCCGGAGGAAUAUGCGGCGCGCUUGGAUCCUGCUCACCUGGGUCUUGGUGGCCUGCGUGUCCGCCGAGUCGCGAGCAGAGCUGACAUCUGAUAAAGACAUGUACCUUGACAACAGCUCCAUUGAAGAAGCUUCAGGAGUGUAUCCUAUUGAUGAUGAUGACUAUGCUUCUGCGUCAGGCUCGGGAGCUGAUGAGGAUGGAGAGAGUCCAGAGCUGACCACGUCUCGGCCCAUUCCAAAGAUACCGUUCACUAGUAGUGCUCCGAGAGUGGAAACCACAACGCUGAGCAAGAUACAGGACAAGAUCGCUGCUCAGACAAAGUCACCUGAAGAAAUUGAUAAGGAAAAAGUUCACCUCCCUGACUCAGAAAGGAAAAUGGACCCAGCUGAAGAGGAUACAAAUGUAUACACUGAGAAGCACUCAGACAAUCUGUUUAAACGAACAGAAGUCCUGGCAGCUGUCAUUGCUGGCGGAGUUAUCGGCUUUCUCUUUGCAAUUUUCCUUAUCCUGCUGUUGGUGUAUCGCAUGAGAAAGAAGGAUGAAGGAAGUUAUGACCUUGGAGAACGCAAACCAUCCAGUGCUGCUUAUCAGAAGGCACCUACUAAGGAGUUUUAUGCGUGAAAACUCCCAUUUAGUGUCUCUAUUUAUGAGAUCACUGAACUUUUAAAAAUAAAGCUUUUGCAUAGAAUAAUGAAGAUCUUUGUUUUUUGUUUGUUUCAUUAAAGAGCCAUUCUGGCACUUUAAUGAUAAAAAUCCCAUUGUAUUUAAAUCUUUUCAUGUAUUUCUUUAGAACAACAACAUAAAAUUCAAACUUAACAUCUGCAGUGUUCUGUGAAUAGCAGUGGCAAAAUAUUAUGUUUUAAAAACGCUCAAUGUACAUGGAAUUGGUUUAAAUUUCUAUGCGCAAAUAUGAAAAGAGUGUUUUUAUCCGAUGGUUCGAAGAUGAAAGCUAUUUCAUUUGUGUCAGCAUGUCUCAGAGUGACCUUAUCAAGUUGGUCUUACUUUGUUAAUUUAUCUGUUGUUCCCCUCUCCUCUGCUCGCCCUUGAAAACAAAACAAAACUCUAUGCCUUUUGUAGCUGUUAUGGUGCAAUUUGUCUUUGGGUAAUUCAGAUAAUGGUAAUUUAGUGUAUAUGUGAUUUUCAAAUAUGUAAACUUUAACCUCCACUUUGUAUAAAUUUUUAAGUGUCAGACUAUCCAUUUUACACUUGCUUUAUUUUUCAUUACCUGUAGCUUCAGGCAGAUUUGCAACAGCAAAUUAAUGUGUAAAAUUGGAUUAUCACCACAAAACUGUUUAGUCAUGUCUAUCCAUUCAGAUCUUCUUUUGAGAGGAUUUGAUGUGAGUUACUGACAAGCCUCAGCAAACCCAAAGAUGCUAACAGUAUUUUGAGAAGUUGCUGCAGAUUCCUUUGGCCACUGUAUUUGCUAAUUUCUUGCAAUUUGAAGGUACGAGUAGGGACUUAAGGAAAAAAUCAGUUUUUGUUCUUACAAAUGCAUUUAAGUUGUAAACGUCUUUUUAAGCCUUUGAAGUGCCUAUGAUUCUAUGUAACUCGUUGCAGACUGGUGUUAAUGAGUAUAUAUAACAGUUAAAAAAAAGUUGGUAUUUUAUAAGCACAGACAAUUCUAAUGGUAACUUUUGUAGUCUUACGAAUAGACGUAAAUUGUAAUUUGGGAAUAUAAAAACUACUGAAUAAAUCAUGUGGCCUAAUAUUGAAAAUGUCACUGUUAUAAAUUUUGUACAUUUUCGAUCAAAUGUACACCUCCCCUUGGCUAACGACCGUCUGCUCUCAAGGAUGUUGUGGGUUUGAUUUCUGAGUGUUCCACGGUGUCUGUAAAUCAAAACCAAAGAGCUCAUUUGAUGAGGCUGUUUAUUAUCAGAUUCGCUUCUGAAUUGGCCAGAGGAAAUCUGAAUGUAUCAUCCUGUGUGUGUGUUUGGAUGUAGAUAUUGGAAGGCUGCCAGGGAGGGAAUUGUGAGUUUCACAACCUUUAUAGAGAUAGCUGAUGGCAAUAUUGAGAUGGAUACCCGCUCUGGCGAAUAACUUUUAGGACUAUAAAUUCCAAAGAACUAAAGAGGGCUUUCCUGAUGUCGAUAUCUAUGGUUUAGUCCUCUGGAUUGUUUUACCUUUGAAACUGCUCCGAAUCUCUCCUGAAGUUUAACCGAAGAAGUAAUAGAUGGAAUACCAUAGUUCACACUGUGGGGAAGAAGAGUCACUCAGGGAGGUUCUAGGCAUUAAAAGGAGAGCUUCACUGCUUAGGAAUGAGAUUGCCAGAAAGCAGUGAUGCCUGAGGAAGAGAUGGAAAUGUGAGGGUACCCUAGCGCCCUGGCUGGGGACUUCCUUCUAACUGAACAUUUCCUUUUUCUGUUUUACCACCAAUUUUGUUUUAAAGUGUGAGCUGCCAAAGUAGGAAGAAGACAGCAAAAACAGCAACCUUUCCAACAUAUAAUUUGCUUUUAAUGAAGUAUGAAUACUUACUUCAUUUAGAGAACGUUCCCUGGAAUUGCCACAGAACUCAAUUAAAAAAAAAUUUUUUUUUGAUGCAGCACUCAGAACAGUGUUUACUUAAAUUCUUAAUGGCCUUAAUUCUCAAAGUCCUGUCCCAUCACUUACAGAAUCAGUCUACUGUGGAGUGAUUAAAAGGAAGUGAUAGCACUUUCUAAAGCUGCACAAUGUCCCUCGGUUAUGGAGGUUAUGAGUAUAGUGGGUAUACCUCUAACUGUGCAAAGCAAAGUUCAGUUCGUAGAAUAUUAACUGCUUGGAAUAUUCAUGCCAGGAAAAGGAAAUUUCUGGCAAAUAUUUUGUCACUGCUGUAAAGCAAAAUAUUUGUUAAAGUGCCAAAAUAAAGUCUGUCAUGCUGAAAGUAAAAAAUCA